CCGGUCAUCGGCCGCGACAACGAGAUCGACCGCGUCAUCUGCAUCCUCUGCCGCCGGACCAAGAACUGUGCCGCGCUCGUUGGAGCCGCGGGAGUCGGCAAGACCGCCAUCGUCGAGGGCCUCGCCCGACCCAUCGCCGCCGGGACGGUCCCCGACCUUCUCACUGGAGCGCGCGUCGCAGUGCUCGAUGUCGGGGCGAUGAUCGCCGGGACCUCGUUGCGCGGCCAGUUCGAGCAGCGCUUGAAGGAGACCAUCAAGCAGGCCGAGGACGAAGGCGGUAAACUGAUCCUCUUCGUAGACGAGAUGCACAUGCUUAUUGGCGCAGGCGAUCGAAGAGGCACCGCCGACGCCGCUAACAUCCUCAAGCCGGCGUUGGCCCGAGGCCGCCUCCGUUGCGUCGGUGCUACCACCUCUCAGGAGUAUUACAGGUACAUUGAGCAGGAUGCGGCGCUUGAGCGCCGGUUCCAGAAGGUCGAAGUCGGAGAGCCGAGCAUGCAAACCACUCUUGCCAUCCUGCAGGGGCUGAAGCAGAAGUACCAAGAGCACCAUGGCUUGAAAAUCGACGACGAGGCUCUUGUUGCUGCUGUAGAGCUCGCUGCCCGUUAUAUUACCGGUCGCAAAUUCCCUGAUAAAGCAAUUGAUCUCAUGGACGAGGCAUGCACUACGGUAAAGUUGCGUGUCAGCAAACAAAGAGAAAUGAAUGCACCGAGGGAGAUUGUGAGCCGGUGGACUGGAGUUCCUAUCACUACACUCGAUCAAGAGGAGGAAAAACUGACUCAUCUAAUAGAUAGGCUUCAUGAGCGAGUUGUUGGUCAGAAUGAAACAGUUAGUUUGGUUGCACAAGCAGUGCUACGUUCUAGGGUCGGCAUUGAUAAAUCUGGUCAACCGAUAUGUUCUUUCCUCUUUUUGGGCUCGAUGGGUGUUGGGAAGACAACACUUGCUAAAGCUCUUGCGGAGAAGCUAUUUAAUAAUGAGAAAAUGUUAGUUCGUUUAGACAUGUCUGGAUAUGCUGAGAGUGGAUCUUUGUCGCGUCUCAUUGGAGGACCUCGAAGCUAUGAAGAAGAGGGACAACUCACCGAGAUAGUCAGGCGCCGGCCAUAUAGUGUUAUCCUUUUUGACGACAUGGAUAAGGCAAAUCCUUCGAUACUCAAGCUUUUUGUUCAACUCCUGAAUGAUGGUAUGUUGGUUGAUGGCAAAGGAAGAGACGUAGAUUUCAAGAAUACAAUCAUUAUUAUGAGUUCAAAUCUAGGAUCGGAGCACCUAUCUGCUGAAGUGGGAGGAGAAAACACUAUGGAAAAUGCACGUGAUCUUCUCAUGAAAGAGGUUGAGAAACAUUUCAAGCCUGAUCUUAGGAACAGACUGAGCGAGAUUGUGAUAUUUGAGCCGCUUUCACACAAUGAACUGAGGGAAAUCUUGAAAAUCCAAAUGAAAAGUGUCGUCGAUAUGAUGGCUAAGAAGUGUAUUUCUCUAUCUAUGGCAGAUGCCGCCUUGGGAGUCAUUUUGUCGGAAUCACACGACACGGUGAACGGUGCGAGGCCUAUAAAGAUGUGGGUAAAGAAGCAUGUGACGAUAGUUCUUUCAAACAUGUUGGUCAAUGGAGAAGCAUGUAAAGGCUCAACGAUCUCCAUAGAUGCUAGUGACGAUAAGAGGGGGUUGAAGUACCGAGUAUUGAAGAAGCAGGAGAUGGCUGAUCCAUUAGGCCUGCUACAAGUUAUGCUGUAA